AUGAAAGUCUACCUGAAAGAGCAUCCAAGAUCACUAGCUCUUGGUACCGACGACUACUUUUUGAUUUUUAGAUAUUUUGGAUCAGAUGGAACCUCAGGAUUGAAUUCAAGCACAGCAAGCUCCAGCCAAACUAAUCUAGAUUACAAUUCAAAAUCUGUAGGUUCUUCUGGCCAAGGGGCUAACGGAGGUAGCGGAAAUAGUUCAGGUGGUGGUCACCAUCACCACCAUCAACGUCCACCAUUCGAAGCAAAGUGCAUAGCAGAGUUCAAAAAGAUCGAACAUGUUGAUGUUGAGGCGUAUGUACCACUGUCGAGAUCUGAAUGUUUUGGCUUUCUUGGUUUGAUAAACAUAGAUCGAGAUAUUUAUCUUUGCACUAUAACUCGUCAAGCUGAGGUGGCAUCUCCAAGACAGGGAGAUACCAUUUGUCGUAUAUAUGGGGUAGAAUUCCACUGCCUCACGAAACCAGACUGGGAUUUUGUAAGCCUCGACGCUAACGGUUAUGCAAUUGAUGUUCUCAAUAGCCCCGCAGACCAAGUGGAGCACCCAUGUACCAGUAUCAGGAAAUUGCUCUCCAACGGCAGUUUUUACUAUUCUACUAAUUUUGACCUCACCAGUGUCAUGCAGAACCGGUAA